AUGACUGCAUUCUUGAGAGGACCAGUAGAGAUGACUGCAUUCUUGAGAGGACCAGUAGAGAUGACUGCAUUCUUGAGAGGACCAGUAGAGAUGACUGCAUUCUUGAGAGGACCAGUAGAGAUGACUGCACUAAGGGUAGCUUUGUAUGAAUCUAAUUCAGAAGCGAGAAGAUGGAGGCCUUUGCGAACGAAAUUCUCACCAAUAUUUACUUCCGGUAAAAUAAGGGAAAUGUUUCCCCUGAUAUUAGAGUGUGCGGAAAAUUUGGAACAAUGUUUGGAGAAGAUUAUAGAAAAAGGAGGCUUCAUGGAUUGCCACGAAGUAGCAGCGAGAUUCUUUACUGACAUUAUUGGAAGCUGUGUUUUUGGUAUCAACAUGAAUGCACUGUCGGACGAAGAGUGUGAAUUUCGAAAAAUAGGAAGAAAAAUCUUUGAUCAAAAUUCGAAAUCGAUCAUCAGGGUAACCUUCCGAGAAAAUUUUCCAUGGUUGUAUAACUUUCUUUGGUUCUUGAUACCACGAUCGGAAAUAACUAAAUUUGCUACAAAACUGGUCGCGGAUAUCAUGAAAUAUAGAGAAGAAAAUAAUAUAGUUAGGCCGGAUUUUUUAAACAUGCUGAUGGAACUGAAGAAGCAUGAAAAAUUAGAGGAUAUCGAGUUAACGGACACAAUUCUCGCUGCGCAAGCUUUCAUUUUCUUCGCGGCUGGUUUCGAAACGUCUUCGACUACAAUAUCGCACGCACUUUACGAAAUGGCCCUGAACCCUGAUAUACAAGAUAAACUUAGGAAAGAAAUCAUAGAAUUCUAUGUCAAAACUAAUGGAAACCUGAAAUACGAACAAAUCAAAGAAAUGAAAUACUUGGACAAAAUACUCAAGGAAACGCUUAGAAAGUAUUCAGCAGCAGCGCACCUAAGGCGACGAUGCAAUGCUGAUUAUACCUUUAGUGGUACAAAGGUAACGAUUCCUAAGGGUACCGAAGUACUUAUUCCCGUGUAUGCGAUUCAAAGGGAUUCCAAUAUCUAUCCGGAUCCUGAGAAAUUUGAUCCAGAAAGAUUUAACGAAGACGCAGUAGCUGCGAGACAUCUGAUGUGCUAUUUACCGUUUGGCGAUGGACCAAGAAAUUGCAUUGGAGCACGUUUUGCGAUUUAUCAAACUAAAAUUGGACUGAUAAAAAUAUUACACAAGUUCAAAGUUGAUGUUUGCGAAAAGACAAUAACUACUUAUGUACAUGAUCCGAAUUCCUUUAUAUUGUUUCCCAAUGGCGGAAUUCACUUGAAAUUAAGCAAAGUAGAAAAUUGAAUUAAUUACUUGAACGGUACCUAUUCAUAGAUUUUAACUAAACAUAACGUAACAUAUUUUUUAUUUGUCGCUUCAAGAUUUUAUAUUUUGUACUUUUUGACUAUUCUAUAAUAAAAGAAAUUAUAAAAA